AGAAAGUAUCACCUCUGGGGAAAUGGCGUCUGCCAUUCUUAGGUUUAUUAAAUUUGGAGGACGAUCGGUUUUUAAUGUGCAUUGCCUUUACAGACAAACAUUUCCAUCAGUGGAAAGAUGUUUCCAUUUAAAUUCUGCAUGUUACGAUACUAUUCAAAUUCAAAUGCCAGCUUUGUCACCAACAAUGGCAGAUGGAACUCUUGUGAAAUGGCUGAAAAAAGAAGGUGACAAAUUGGGCCCAGGAGAUGUUCUCUGUGACAUUCAAACAGACAAGGCUGUUGUAAGCAUGGAGAAUGAAGAGGAAGGCAUUCUUGCCAAAAUAUUGGUACCAGAAAAUACGAAGAAUGUACCAAUUGGCACUUUAAUUGCCCUGAUGGUCGAAGAAGGAGACGAUUGGCAGAAUGUUGAGAUUCCCAAAGACGUGACACCUCCAUCUGUAGAGACUGGUGACUCUCGUCCGACGCCUAGUUCUCCUGAAGCACCAGCCAGACCAGUUCCUGAUGCCCACACAAGCUUUAUGGCAGGCCCCUCGGUGAGGAAACUUCUUGAAGAGUACGGUUUACAUGCUGAGGAUGUUCCCGCAUCUGGACCUCAUGGUCGUUUGCUCAAAGGUGAUGUUUUGAACCUAGUCAAAUCAAAGAAUCUUCACAAAGUUGCAAUACAGUCUGAACCUCCGCCCAGUGAUUCUGCUGCACCGACACCGCCCUCAUCACCCACUGCCCUGCCACCUGUCGAUGGGGAACCGUUCACCGACAUACCCAGCAGCAGCAUGAGGAAAACCAUAGCCAGUAGACUUACACAAUCUAAAACCACAAUACCACAUUCUUAUGCUACAGUAGACUGCAAUAUUGAAUCUGUUACAAAGUUAAGAAAACAAUUAGCAGGUGAAGGUAUCAAGGUGUCUGUGAAUGAUUUCAUAAUCAAAGCAGCAGCUAUUGCAUUGCAGAGAGUUCCACAACUAAAUGCAAUCAAGCAAGGAGAUAAAGUGCAGAUGGUAUCAACAACAGACAUUUCAGUAGCUGUGGCAACAGAUAAUGGACUAAUUACACCAAUUGUGCAGAAUGCUGCAUACCUAGAUGUUGAUCAAAUAUCAUUAAAAAUUAAGGAAUUGGCGAAGCGUGCCAGAGAAGGGAAACUUGCACCAAAUGAGUUUCAAGGAGGGAGCUUUACUAUUUCCAAUCUUGGAAUGUUUGGAAUCACAGAGUUUUCGGCGGUGAUAAAUCCACCUCAACUUGCCAUUCUAGCUAUUGGCACGUCGCGGAUAGACAUUGGAGAAUAUGACAGACCGGUGACCAAAAUGAAUGCAACUCUUUCCUAUGACUGUAGUGUUAUCGACGAGACUGAAGCAUUUCGAUUCCUCGAAGUAUUCAGUGCAGUGAUGAACAACCCUUUUUUGAUGGUAGCUGGGUCACACCUCUCUAUGAAUCAGAAAAUGGAUGUGUGAUCUAUGAAUAACCAUAGAGAUUUUAUACUUUAAUUUAUGACAGAGUUAGUUGGUUUAUCGUUUAUGCAGAAGAUGUUGGUGCAUUUGGUUUAGUUGAGAGGAGAUAUAAAAUAUGGUUUUAUUACAUACCUUUUUAUUAAGUUUUAGCAGAGUUCUCAAUCAGAAGAAGGAUCAACCAGAUUAGCAGGUGACAUAUAUAUAUGUAGUUCUGUUGUGUGUAUGUAUUUUAAAACCUGUGCCAACCAAACUGACCUCUAAUAUAAUCUGAAGGCCUACCCAGUUGCACUAAUUACACCCACUAGUAGGACAUGUUACAAGGUGAUUAUGGGUGUCUUCUUAUCACAGACAUUUACCUCUCAGCGAAAACAAAAAUGAGGGGAGUGAUUAAUUGUUUACCGUAGGUUACAGGCAGGCAUUUAUGAUAUAACCGUAUUUCCCAUGUAUAUUCAGCACUGAUAUUUAAUCUUUUUAUACUGCUUGUUAAAACAAAUUCAAAUGCUAAGGGGAGCUAACAAUCACUCCUUGAAUUAGUCUCAUGGGAAUGAUAGGAAUUGGAGUGAUCUCACCCCUUAAACCGUGCGGUCUGUCAUAAUGAAAGAUAGGCUAUAACCAUCAAACCAGACUAAGUUGAGAGCCACUGCUAGAAAACAUUGUGUUCCAAGGAGACUACAAGAGACAGAUACCGGUCGUGACUGGAGAGACGAGAACUGAUAUGUUGAACUGAACAGAAAGAAAACAAGAAAGGAAAGACGGGGUUUAAUUUAUAAUACAGGAUUCAGACAGAUUUUAAACCAAGCUUAAAUUUGAGUGAUCGUAAUGAAAAGCUCUUGAAUUUGUCAAAAUGCUUGAAAAGUGAUUGAGUUUGAGAAAAUCAUCUUGAGAAGAGCUUGAAUUGCAUAUUUCUGCUGAUAAUGAUUAAAAUUGACCUUCAAGUAUAUUUCUUCGUAGUUCUAAAAUUUGUUGGUUGAUAUUAUUGUUGAACGUUUUUACUAGUCUGUGUCAUUUUAUCACAAAUAUAUAAAAUUGUUGGAUACACUUACAAAUACUGAUGAAAAUAAAUGAGACCAAGUGCUACCAGUUGAAUAUGGUGAAUACAAAAGACCUUGAAAAACUAAUAACAGUGAAAAGUGCUAAAAACAUUAUUGAAUUUUGCCUUCCAAUUUUGUGUAUGAACCUUGUAAUAUGGUCAGACAGGUCAAGAAAUGUAACAAAUAAGUUGCAGUUUGAAUAACUGGCUGUUCCUAGACCUUGUUAUUUGUUGGUUUUUAAACUCUGAUCAGGGAUUUUACUACGAAACCACAAUUCAAUAUUACAGGAAGGAUAUAAAAGAUUCAUUGCUGUUCAUCUUUGCAAAUAGAGAGAAAAUAUCUUGUACAUGUUGAAUAUUGAUAAAAUAGUAUUGGUUACACUAA